AUGACACUAGAUUCUUCACCUGAUGAAUCUGUAAAUGCAUCAUCAUCUACAUCACCUCCAACAAUGACAACCACUACAAGUACAGCCUCCACUGUAACGAACAGUUCAUCGUAUCCGAUUUCACCACGAACUAAAAAUGCCGUGCCUUCAUCGAUUUUCACAUCUUUGGAUCAGACUAUGGGAAGUUCUACUAGUACUACUAAUAGCACUGCAUCACCAAUCACGAGACCAUCAACACCAUUAUUACCCCCAUUAGAAGAUUUGGUAAAUGAUUGUUUUUUACAUUCCUUGGGCCAAUUGGAAGAUGAAGGUAAGAUUAAAAUGGUUCAAGACUUUACAGACUAUUUGGCUAAGCAACAUACCCAAGAAAACUUGAAUUUUCUUGUUGAUAUUUAUCGUUAUGAAUACUAUUAUAAACUAAAAUUUGAUCCAAAUAUUAGCGAACAAGAAACCCUGCCGUGUAAUCAUGUCUCGAAUGGAACCCUGGAUUGCAAUAAUAACGAAUCAGGACUAAAUCUGCGAUAUCACUCGUGCAGUUCGUUUGAAUCGUUUUCCAAUAUGCGCAAAACGCGGCUGAUACAGUCGGUUGAUUUAGAUCCUCAAAAUGCAUUUGUUUCCACCAUUGAUGAUUUAGAUGAUUUUGGAAAUGCAAACGAGAAUAUAUGGGACAAUUUGAAGGACAAAUAUACUUGUAGAGAUGACGAAGAUGACAAUGACAGUCAAGAUCAGUCCCGUAACAAUUCAAAUAAUGACGAAGAUCCCGAGAUUAAGUUACUAAAUGAUGAAUGGAAAUACAUUAUGAAUACUUAUAUUAAAUGUGAUUCGCCCAUGGAGAUCAAUAUAUCACAAACUUUGUUCAAACAAAUUGUCCAGGAAUCGACGUUCUCUAGACUACACCAUCCACAAACGUUAACGAAAGCUAGCAAGGAAGUAAUGAGAAUGUUAAAUGAAAAUGGCUACGUUAAUUUCAACAGUUAUGUGAAAAAAUUACUCCGGAAACAGCUGAAAACUCCAACUAAUAAUACACCAAUGCUAUCACCAAGUACAUCGCCAUUACCUUACAUUAGUGACAAUAUGAGUCCGUCAUCAUUUACAAAUAAAACUAAACCAUAUAAUAUUCCCAACAAUAUUCAGACCCAGACCCAUCGAGCAAGUAAAAGUAUAGCUAGUUCACCUGGGAGGCCUUCUGCUAUUAAUGGCAGCAAUACGGAGAGCGGUUCAUUUUUCAGUAAAUUUUCCAGCUUGCCGAAAAAGACAAAUAAAAUCUUAAAUACUGCCAACGGGAACAAUUCCAGCGGUACCGAUAAUUCAUCAACUACAUCAUCGUCUUCAUCCACGGCAUCGAUAUCUGCAAUAUUUGGUCAUUUGAAACUUGGCAAAGAUAGUAAUGGUACGUCCACUACCACUACCACUUCCAAUUUGAAUGGGAACCACGAGAAACAUAUAAGUUCCCGUUCUUCUCACAGAACAUCACAUCAGCAUCUGGUGCAUCGUAGUCAUCACCACCAUACCAACCAUCACGUUAAAAGAUCUGGCACUUUUCAUGGCGUAAGCGUUAAGGACACUGAAUCUGGUAAUAGUAGUGAUGUUGGAAGUGAUUAUCGUUCGUUAAAUGCAAGUCCAGUUUCAAUCAAUGCUGAAUCAGGUGGUGCUUCGUCUUUAAAAUUUUGGUCAAGAAAGAAGUAA